AAACUUUGUCAAACGUGUUCUGUAUCACAGAUGUAGUGUCAAUCACAUGUUCGGUAGAACGUUCCUAAGAAUGUCUUCUUUAAAAAAAAAUUCUUCUCCCUGAUUUUUGGAUACUGAAAUGAGUGGCUGUUUUUUGUAUGGCAGUAUCGUGACAUUAGCGGCAGCCUGCUACAGGUUGUACCUCCUUUAACCGGGACUCUGGUCUAGCAACAUCCAUGCAGUGGCAGUGGGGGGCCAGCCACUCAGCUGGGAGCCUUUUGGGGGAGGGGGCAGAGGAGUAGCAGGGAGUUCUGACCCCUGCAGCGGGACAGUAGCAAGGGGCCGGCAGCAGCAGUCGCAAUUUUCCGGCCCUGGCGCUCAGGGACCGGCAGCGACAGCCCUGGCUGUGGCGCUCGGGCGUGGCUGCGGUAGCCAGGGAGCUCUUGCUCUGGUGGCUGUCAUGCAGCUCCAGCCUGGGACUCAAUGGGGCCGGGCUGGUGCCCUAGCCAGGGGCAGCACAGGCCAUGUUGGAAAGGACCUUCCCUGGUCCAGCAGAUCCCCUUGUUCAGGACCAGUUAGGAGCCGAGGGUGCCGGACAAGGCAGGUACAACUUGUAGCAAAAGGAUUCAUAAAUCUGCUGCUCAUUAUAGUUUCAGAUGAGGAUGCAAAAGAACAAAAACUGUUGUGAUUUUGUAGGUCCUGCAAAGUGGCUAAUUUCACCCAUGCGGUAAUGAAAUGAGUUAAAUAAGAGCUUUGAGGUCACCUCUUUAGUUUCUGAAGAUAAUGUUUGUUUUAGGUUUUGAAUCUACAAAAUUAUGAGAUUUUUUUUAUUAUGUUCAAAUUCUAAGGCCAAAAUGUUCAAAUGUAGGUGCUCACUCAACUUAAAUUCCACUAUUCUGUCACCAAGAACUAAAUAACAUACAAUUGUAAUCAGUGUUUUGGGGAUACAAUAGAAACAUAAUGUACCUAACAGCUCUGCAGAAUCCAGACAGCUCCAACCUCUGUAAAUGGCAAUAGUGUUGGUGGGCAGAGAACUAAACAAAAUGGAAUGGUGUUGGGAUUUUGUUCUUUUAGAGAUGUGUAAUAGGGAAUAGGCAUUUGUUGAAACAAAACGUGAACAUUAUUGGAGAAAUAAAUAUUUUAAGCUUCACUGGUGCUGUUAAAUAUCCUGGAGAAUAAAGAAAAAUCAAUAUAAAGUUAUUCUAAAUAGGGGAUCAUGUCACUUGAAAAGAGAAUGAGUUAGUGAUGGAGUAGCCUGCAUUGGCUAGGGGAGUAUUUACAACCAGAGCAACUCCUUUGUGUCUGUGUGCAGGUUGCUCUACGGAUUCGUCCUAUCAAUGAAGCUGAGCUGGAGGAAAAUGCUGUUAUAAUAGCCCACAAAGUGGGUCAGCAGAUGGUUCUUCUAAUGGACCCAAGUGAAGGUCCAGAUGACAUCUUGCGAGCAAAUCGAUCCCGAGAGAGGACAUUUAUAUUUGAUAUGGUUUUUGACCACAAAGCAACCCAGGAGGAGGUGUACGUGUCCACAACCAACAUUUUGGUAGAUGGAGUCAUUUCUGGAUACAAUGCAACUGUUUUUGCAUAUGGCCCAACAGGUGCCGGGAAAACCUACACUAUGUUAGGGACAGACAGUGAUCCUGGGAUCUACAUCCGCACUCUAAAUGACCUCUUUAAAGCCAUUGAGGCAACUAGUGAAAACAUGGAUUACACCGUCUCCAUGUCGUACCUGGAGAUUUAUAAUGAAGUGAUCCGGGACCUCCUGAAUCCAUCCUCUGGAUUCCUAGACCUCAGAGAGGAUGCUAGAGGUAGCAUCCAGAUAGCGGGAAUUACUGAAGUCUCCACUACAAAUGCACAGGAGAUUAUGCAGCUGCUAACAAAAGGAAACAAAGAGCGUACACAAGAACCCACAACUGCCAAUAAGACAUCCUCCCGCUCACAUGCGGUCCUCCAGGUCACAGUGAAACAAAAGAGUCGGGUGAAAGAUAUUAAUGAGGAAUUGCGAGUGGGAAGGCUUUUCAUGGUGGACUUGGCAGGGUCUGAAAGAGCAGCCCAGACUCAGAACCAUGGCAAGAGAAUGAAGGAGGGAGCCCAUAUCAACCGCUCUCUGCUAGCUCUGGGGAACUGCAUCAGUGCCUUGAGUGAGAAGGGGGGAAGUCGGGGCCAGUAUGUCAAUUUUCGAGACAGCAAACUCACACGCUUGUUGAAGGACUCCUUAGGGGGAAAUAGCAGGACAGUUAUGAUUGCCCACAUCAGUCCUGCCAGCAUCUACUUUGAAGAAUCUCGAACAACCUUGAUCUAUGCUUAUCGAGCGAAAAACAUCAAGACAAGGGUCAAACGCAACCUGCUGAAUGUUUCCUAUCACAUUGCACAGUACACCAGCAUCAUUUCAGAUCUACGCAGGGAGAUCAAGGGUUUGAAGACAAAGAUUGAAAAUCAAGAAAAGGAGACGGGUGCAGUCAGUUCUGACAUCAGACAUGUACAAGUGGAGGAGCAUCAGGAUUCCGAGGCAUACAGCCGGCAAGAGAUGAACAAGUUACGAGAGCAGCUGAUCAGGGCUUUCAAGGAGCAAAUGGAGAUGCGCCGCAGUCUCAUGGAGCUGGAGAACACGAACAUUGAGCUACACAUCGAUACCUCCAGGCAUUUGCUAACGAUUGCCGACUGGGAACGAGAGAAGACUCAACAUGCUCAGAAGUGUCAUAACAAGCUGGUGAAUGGAAAGGAAGAUGAAAACAUGGAGGAGGCAGACCGAGAAGUAGAGGAGGCAGAUUCCCCUGAACCUCAUGAAGUCACCGUGGCAAGAGAGGAAAUCAACGUGCUAUUGGCAGAGCAGCGAAAAACAGCAGCCUUAAAGUCCGAGCUGGAGCAGCGCUUGGCCAACGCCAAGAAAAAAGCCUCCCAGAUGGAGAAGCUGUUACCCAAACAAAUCACCAGUGAAGACCAACGAGAGGUGCUGAGGCUUCUCUGCAAGGCUCACGAGCUGGAAGUGGGGAACACGGAGUUGCAGGCAAAUGCCUUGUACAGGGAGAACCUGCUGUGCCAGAAGGAUUUUGUCAUCCAGCGGCACCAGCAGCACAGGCUGCUCUGCGAGGAAAUCAUUCAGCAGCAGCAAAUGCUGCUCAAAGGCCAUGACAUCCCUGUCCCAGAGACGCUGAGGAUGCUGUAUCAACUGUACUACCAUGAGCUAGAGGAGGGGACCCUGACCCGCCUGCUCCUGAUUCACUCAAUGACGUCCAGCACAUUGAGGUGUGGCUCUGCAUUGAAUAUAGCUCAUCAGCUGGACCUAAACAAAGAAGAGGCCAGAAAAGUGCUCUCUGGCAACAAGAAGGAUCUUCCUUGUGGAGCGAAAUUUGAACUUCCAUCCAUCGUCUUGGAGUCAGAUAGUGACAGCUACAGAUCAUCUAAAACUACACCUGUUAAGAAACUGGGGAAUCCAGACACCCAUCUCAGCCCUACUUUCUGUCACUCUGCAAGAACCCCGCUGCACCAGCAGAAGCCAACUGGCGAUACAGCAGGAAAGAUGACUUCCACUCUAUGUUCCCCCACCUCCCUGGACUUAAAUAGGAGAAAGUCGGCUGCAGAGAUCACUCUUGCCUCACUGAGUCUGGAAGCCUUGACGGAGAUUGCUAUUAGCACCAAAAGCAUCUCCCGCAUUGCAGCCAGCCGUCGUUCCCGCGCUCAGCGCAGAUUCCAUACGAGUGAACUCACCUCGGGGCACUCCUUUGAGGAGGAUAUGUUGGAGCCAAAAAAUCAGCAUUCUCACUUCACUCCAGAGCCUCAUGUGAAAGACACCAUGAAUAUCGAAAGCAUCCCAGCAGAACCCCGGAGAAAGGAGCAGCUGCACUACCCAGCCAGGAGAGACUUGAAGAAGGAACAAGAGAAAUCCACAGAGAGGAAAACCAGGAAGAAAAGAUCUCGCUCCCUGGAACUAACCUCUCAAAAGCUCUCGAAAACAAAACAUUGGACCUCCUCAAGCCACAAUAUGGACUGUGUGUGUGAGGACCAGCUGCCCCGAGCUAAACUCUUCCAGAUGUUGAAGGUCAUGAGCAACCUAUCCCAUGUCACUGCUGCUGCCACAAAGGUGAAAUUCCCCAUCGGUCAUCACACAGAAUGCAGUCCAUUACAAGUGCUAGAAAUAGGCAACACGCCCCCAAGCACAGUUCAGCAGAGCAAUGCAUAUCAGACCAGAGGGCAAGUCCUACAAAAGCAGGUCAAAGGGCCCGCAGAUGGUGCCAGCAACCAGACGAAGAAGCAGCCAUUCACCAGCUUGAGGAAUCUACCGAGGUCAAAAUAAAAUCACCAGGGAGAGCAAGAUUCCCAAGGAACCAGGUCGACAGGAGCAUUUGAAAAGAGGGAGGGUUUUUCUUAAGACACAUUUAAGACUGUGUUCUGAGGCUGGAAAGCAGAAGGGGUGGUACGCACACUGCUGGCUGCUUUCCCCCACAUCCUUUCUACAGGGGUUUUCAGGUUUUUUGACUCUUUUGUGAGUCAAAUGAAAAAGAAAAGGAAACCCCAUUUGUCCAUCAGCAUUCUUAGCCGGGGAGAAGGCAGCAUGGAGAUUGCCAUCUGGGACUUUGCAUGUGCCGCAUCCUCUCUUAUCUGUGGAAACCACCCACGCAUGUGGGCAAGCUAUUUAAUUCUCAAAAGAAAUUGCAGACUCUCUUAAAAAAUUCCCCUUCCCCCUUCUCAUUGCCUUGGAGCUGGAAAAGGUGAGGCCUAUCUGGAAUGCUGCUUAGUUGAGCAGAUGUUUGGCAGUGGGAGCAGCCAGAGGCGUUCUAAGCAUUUGGCCAUGUGCAGAGCAUUUUAGAUCUGACUGUAGCUUGAAAAAGCGGUUUGGUGGCUGGCAGAGAUUUUGUUAUGAGCAGGGUUGGAGGUGAACAGAGGAAAUGUGUGUUUCUUCUUAAAAAACACACCCUUCUUUCCAGCAGUUCUCCCCCCUUUGGUUUCUUGGAGGGACAAGGGACUAGGACAUGCAUUUUGUAAAUUGGUUUCAGAUGCAACAUCUGAUUUCAGAUGUUGUUUCAGCAAAACCAACAAGGAGUCCAGUGGCACCUUAAAGACUAACAGUUUUUAUUAUGCCAGUGCCACCAGAGUCGAUUUUGAAAAUCAAUAAUAGACUUACAAUUAGAGUUGUUUCCUGUUAUUUUCUUAACCUUGCAAAUAAACUGGCACAGGCCAUUCCAUUGAAUAAAUUUUGCCUGUACUUUCCAAACGUGAAUAGCUUCUCCCACAUCCACUGGGCAUUCACUGCAAGCAUGUAAGGAAAUGUCAUCUUUAUGGCUUCAUUAUAUUUGAAAGGGAAGGUAAGUUAUGAAGGCUCUGUCUGUGGCUAAAGCACAGGACAGUAGAGUCAGGAUACUUAGAUGCUGUCUCCGAUUCAGUCACUAAUUUACAGUGCAACCUUGGACAUUGCACUUAACCACUUUGGGGCUCUGUUUCCACAUUGGCCAGCUAGGGAUGGUAAUAACCCACUACUUCACCUUAAGGUGGCAGGCUUAAUUGAUUUGAGUUCCUUGAAUGGAAUGUAAUACAAAUGCAAAGUAGGUAUGAAGUAGUGUCGUUAUUCACUGUUACAGUAUAAUGUAGUAAGGUCUGAUGGACACUUCUCAUUGAGUUCUCUGUUAAACAGCAGAGAGCCUGAUGACUCUCAUUGCAGACAAGA